AUGCAGUUUCCGAGCAGGGCAAGGAAGUUUGCCACCAAUCCUCAGACGGAACUCUAUGGACUUCCUCUGCAAUUCUAUGGACAGCCGCCACUUGAGAACAUCUCUCUCACUGAAUUUGAAUCUUUUGCAGUUGAUAGACUGAAACUGUUGAAGACUGUUGAGAAUUCAGGUGUAAGCUAUGUGAAACUGUCCGAGCAAUACACGAAGAAGUUGGAUAACGAGUUUAGGAACUUGAAUUUUCCUUACAAACUUGAUGCUGAUGACAGAAAAACUCAGAACGGGCCAAGUGAAUACGAAAAACGGAGAAAGGACCACAUCUCCCACUUCAUUCUGAGACUCGCCUACUGCCAGACGGAGGACCUCAGACGAUGGUUCAUACAGCAGGAAGUGGAUCUAUUGCGCUACCGCUUCAACGGUCUGCAUCCAAAAAUAAAGAUGGAGUUUCUACACAAAAAUAAUCUGGAAUAUGAUGCGAUUUCUGUCGAGGAAAAGCGUGCUAUGAAAGAUAAACUUGUCAACUCCAGCUACAAUGUUAGUGGAACCACUGUGGAGGAACAAGAUUUCUACAAAGUUCCUUUCCAAGAUGCUCUGGAUCUGGUACGAACAAGAAAAGUCUACCUCAAAGCGGGCUAUGUGUACAUCCCUCAUCAAGAUAUCGUCACCAUAGUACUCAAUGAUUUCCGCACAAGGUUGUCUAAAGCUCUUGCACUGACGGCGCGUUCGCUUCCGGCGGUGCAUUCUGAUGAACGGCUCCAGCCCCUCCUUAACCACCUCAGCCAUUCCUAUUUGGGACAGGACUACAGCAUCCAGAAAAAUGUUGGUAAAAUCUCUUUGGAGCAGAUUGAUUCAUUGUCAGGCAAAUCCUUCCCUUUGUGCAUGAGGCAGCUCCAUCAGUCCUUAAGAGAGAACCACCAUCUCCGGCAUGGAGGCCGUAUGCAGUAUGGCCUUUUUCUCAAGGGCAUUGGUCUCUCUUUGGAGCAGGCGUUGCAGUUCUGGAGGUCGGAAUUCAUUAGAGGAAAAGUGGACACAGACAAGUUUGACAAAGCCUACGCUUACAGCAUCCGCCACAUGUUUGGCAAAGAAGGCAAGAGGACAGACUACACUCCCUAUAGCUGCAUGAAGGUGAUCUUGUCAAACCCACCCAGCCAGGGUGACCAUCAUGGGUGUCCAUUUCGUCACAGCGAUCCGGAGCUGCUGAAGCAGAAACUUCAAUUCUACAAGGUGUCUCCCAAUGGUAUUACUCAGAUAUUAGAUCUGGUCAAAGGUAUGCAUUAUCAGUUGGCCUGCCAGAAGUAUUUUGAGCUGACUCACAAUCUGGAGGAUGCCAAUUUCUCCCUCAAUCACCCCAACCAGUACUUUGUGGAAAGCCAGAAGGUUUUGGGAGGGGGCAGAGAUGUCAAGCGUGAUAUCGUGGAUAUCCCACAGAGGUCACAGGGUAAUUCUACAUUUAAAAACCAUGGUGCUGCUCGAGAAAAGGCACCAGCAGCUGCCAACACAAACAGCUCACAGGAUUUGGCCGAAAUGACGAAAGAUCUGGACUCCUACUUCCAAGAUAUCUGA